AUGCGUUUCGCUCCCGGCUUGCUCUUGGCCUUGGCCUCGAGUGCCACCGCCCAGCGGUUCACCAACUCUAGUAUUCCUGCUACCGGGUCUGCUACUGAAUCUGCUACCGGCACCACCACCUCUCUCUCGCCCACUGACACUGUGGUGCCUCCUCAGCCCCUGGACCUCGGUUCUGCUAACCUUGGUCCUGGCGCUUCCUUCGUCAACAGGCCUGAUGGCACUAUCGCCAUUGCUCUUUUUGCUGGACCCAAUGGUAUUGCCUCAUUCUCCAUUGGCAUUCCCGACGAUGUCUUUAGCAACUUCCCUAUUGGAAAUUUAUUUAUCAUCUUGUGGGAAAUCCUUGUUGAAUUGGCUGAGAAUGCCCGCAAGCGUGCCGCCACUGACUGCACCCUGGAUGUCACUGUCGACGGCGUCAAUGUCUUCAUGGAGGAUCUCAUGACCAGCAGCGGCUAUGUUGAUAAAUCCAGCAAAGGCACUCCUGCUGGUGACAAGCCUCCCCAGAUCGAAUUCGUUCAGUCUUGUGGUGACAACCCUGCUCAAGCCACCAUUGCCAACGUCAAGGUCGGCUCUGGCGAUGGAGAUGGUGGUAACGGUGGUGGUAAUGGCGGCGGUAACCCCACCGGCACCGACACCGACACCACCAUCCCUACCGGUACCGACGCUGCGACCAACACCAACGCUGAGGGUGCUACUACCAACUCCGAGGGCGAGACCAUUAUUCCUACCGAGACUGCUACCGACGUCAACACCAACUCUGAGGGUGCUACUACCAACUCCGAGGGCGAGACCAUUAUUCCUACCGAGACUGCUACUGACGUCAACACCAACUCUGAGGGUGCUACUACCAACUCCGAGGGCGAGACUAUUAUUCCUACCGAGACUGCUACCGACGUCAACACCAACUCUGAGGGUGCCACCACCAACUCCGAGGGCGAGACCAUCACUGCUACCGGCACUGAGACCGCUCCCACCUCCACUGCUACCUCUGCUGCUGGCUUCCCUGGCGCCAUUGGCAACUUUGCUUUCUUCGGUUGUGUCGGUUCCACCGGCGGUUUCCCUACUUUUGAGCUCAUUGAGUCCUCUGCCUCCAUGGACCUCGACCGUUGCGCCCAACUUUGCGAGGGCCGCAGCUACUUUGGUGUUCACGACAAUGACUGCUACGCUGGUGACGAGAUCAACGAUGACAAUACUGAGCGCGUCAACUCUGACCUCUGCGACAUUGAGUGCCCUGGUGAUGACUCCGAGUUCUGCGGUGGUGAUGCUCCUCUUGCUCGCCGCAGCCGUCUCAGCCGCCGCCAAGCUAUCUCCAACACCAUUCUCCUCACCGUCUACGUCUCUCUCGGCGGCGCUGAUGUUACUCUCACCAACGUCCUCACUGCCACCGUGACCGACCAGUCCACCAUCACCACCACUUUCACCACCACCAUCGAGGGCGCCUCCACCACCGAGACCCAGACCGUCACCGCCAUCUACGAGUGCUACAACGGACAGUGCUACCCCGACACCGGCAAGGGCGGACGCAUCGUCUACAUCUUCAAGCCCUACCCCGGCGAGGACUGCGACGGCCAGUACGUCUACAUCUCCGAGGCUUGCUCCUGCAAGGGCGGUUCUCAAUACGUCCCCAAGUACUGCUCCAACGGUGACUGCCACGGUCUUACCGUCUACAAGCCUGAGCAGUGUGAUGACUGGUACAACUACGACGUCUGCUACACUCCUGCUGACUGCGACACUUGCGAGCACGGCCAAGUUAUCUACAAGCCUUGGGAGAACAGCUACGGUACCCCCGACCACCCCAAGGUUCCUGAGCUCCCUGUCUGCUCUUCUUCUGGCUGCCCCGAGACCGAGCAUGGUUCCAAGCCCGCUCCUCCUUGCUAUGGUGAUCACUGUGAGGAAUCCGGUUCCAAGCCUGCUCCUCCUUGCACCGGCGACCACUGCGAUGAGUCUGGAUCCAAGCCCGCUCCUCCUUGCUACGGUGAUCACUGUGAGGAGUCUGGCUCCAAGCCUGCUCCCCCUUGCACUGGUGACAACUGUGGAGAGUCAGGCUCCAAGCCCGCUCCUCCCUCCGGCGGUUCCUCCGACUCUGGCUCCAAGCCCGCUCCUCCCUCCGGCGGUUCCUCCGACUCCGGCUCCAAGCCUGCUCCUCCUUCCGGUGGCUCUUCCGACUCCGGCUCCAAGGGCGAGGCUCCUUGCUCCGGCGACCACUGCGAGCCCACCAUUGUCAGCUCCGCUGGCAAGCAGGCUGUCGGCGGCCUUGCCCUCCUCGCUGCCGUUGCUGCUGCUCUUCUCUAA